CCGCGGUUACAAGCGCGGAGCGGGCCCCCCAACGCCGAAAGGGGCAGGCAGCCGGCGGAAAAGCUCCCUGGCCAAGAUGCACCCCUUCUCUUUCCCGCCGCACUCCUCCACUUCAUCUCGUCACCUCGCAUGUUUUGCCCUCCCGUCAAGCCUUCUUCUCCCGGUGUCCUCUCUCGGACGGCGUCCCGCUGAGAGCCACCUUGUUUUUUCUACCCUCCACCAGCCACCCUCCCCCAUUUUACACUCCCGUAACGCCCUCGCCCACCAAGAGUGGCGCGUCUAGACGUCAUCUCCCCAAGCGGCUCCGCUCCCCCCUCUCCCAACCGGCGGCCCAUUCGCCGGGCCGCCCAAGCCCCGAGUUUUCGCUCGGAGGCCCGAUACCGGCGCGGCCGCGCGACGCACACUCAGACCCGCAUCGACCGUCGACGCGGUCGGGCCCCUCACGAGUGUCGAGGACGUCGCCCGCGAGUACGCCUGCCUCCGCCGCCGCCGCAUCCUCAUGGCUCAGAGACGCGGCGUGUUCGGACCCCUGGCUCUGGGCACCGCGCUGGCGUCCGCGGUGCUCGCGGCUGCCCUGUCGCUGGCCCCGGCCUCGGUGGCCCUGACGCUGGCUCCGGACCCCGAGUCCGGAACCGAGCCCGGCGACGUCGUCGGUCCCACGCCGCACCGACCCCGAUACCUGGGACCCUGCAACCGGGUACCGCCCGGCGUGGUCACCGAGCGCUCGCCGGGCUACAACAACUUCAGCAUCGUCAUUUCGGGCAACCCGAAGAAGUACGUGCCCGGAGAGGCGUACACGGUAUCCAUACAAGGGCGCAAAGAGGCGCUUGGAGGAGCCACGUCACAGAAGUUUAUAGGAUUCAUGCUAGUAGUUGAAUCCCAGGAUCAAAAUAGAAUCACCCAAGAUGUGGGAAGUUUUCAGUUAUUCGGCGAUGCGUUGUCUAAAUUUUCAGAAGACUGCCCGCACGCGGUGGUGCAGACUUCCCUCGUGCACAAGGCCGAGGUCAGCGUGCUCUGGGUCGCACCGCCGGCGGGCUCAGGAUGCGUGCUAUUCAAAGCCACAGUAGUGGAAAAUCGCGACGCAUGGUAUAUGGACGAAGGAGAAUUAACUAAGGAGCUAUGCCAAGAAGAGCAGCAGAACGACGACGAGCAACCAGAAGUGCUUGACGAAUGUUGCGCCUGCGACGAAGCCAAGUACGAGAUGACCUUCGAGGGACUCUGGUCGAGAUACACGCACCCCAAGGGAUUCCCGGACAACGAGUGGCUGACCCAUUUUUCGGACAUAAUCGGUGCCUCGCACGCGGCUGACUUCAAGAUGUGGGAGUACGAGGGAUUCGCCUCGGAGGGAGUCAAGAGCGUCGCCGAGCACGGUGCCACCAAGAAGCUCGAGUCGGAGCUCAAGGCCGAGUCGGGCAAGAUCAGGACCAUCGUCAAGGCCCGCGGUCUGUGGUACCCCAACGUGAACGGGAAGACGUUCGCCGUGUUCCGCGUGGACAAGAAGCACCACGUGAUGUCCGUACUCUCCAUGCUGGGCCCGAGCCCGGACUGGAUCGUGGGCGUCAGCUCGCUCGAGCUAUGCCUCAAGAACUGCUCCUGGAUCACCGAGAAGACCAUGAACCUCUACCCAUGGGACGCAGGGACCAGCGAGGGCGUCACAUACGUCAUUGGUCAGCGCGAAGCCACAUCCCCCCAGCAGCGGAUCCAGAAGAUCUCGUCGAGCCACCCGCACCACCCGGACUCUCCUUUCUACGACCCCACCGGGGCCCCGAUGAAGCCCGUGGCCCGACUGACGGUCACGAGGCAGCGUAUCUACGAGAAGUCGUGCGACGAAGACGUCGAGCCCAACACGCCAGCGCCGCUGGAGACGCCCUCUCCCGUCGACCUGAGGCCCGAGUGUGCCGUCACCGAGUGGUCCAGCUUCGGGCCCUGCAGCGUGACUUGCGGACAGGGCGUGAGGACGCGGACGCGCAACUUCAUCAUGCGCGACAAGGCGUUCAACUGCAAGACGCAGCUGGUCGACCGGGAGGUGUGCGAGAUGGACUGCGCCGGGGGCGUGAGCUGCGAGACGACGCCGUGGAGUGAGUGGAGCGAGUGCAGCGUCACCUGCGGCAAAGGCGUGCGCAUCCGGCAGCGAAAGUACAAGCAGCACAUGGCCAGGAAGCGCUGCACGCUCGAUCUCAUGGAGAAGGAGAUGUGCGUCGCCGACAUGCCCACCUGCAAGGACGCCCCCGAAGUGCUGGACCCAAACUGCGCGGUGACCCAGUGGGCGGAGUGGUCUCCGUGCACGGCCACCUGCGGCAAGGGAAUCAAGGUCCGCACGCGGGCCUACCUGAACGCCAUGGCGGCCGCCAUGGCCAUGUGCAACGUGGAGCAGAUUCAGAAGGCCCCCUGCAUGGCCGAGAACGCUGACUGCAAGAUCGACAGCCAGGAGGCGCACGAAAUCUGCCUGCUGCCCAAGGACAUCGGACCGUGCCGGGGCUACUUUCCGCGUUGGUACUACGACUCCACCAAGCGGAUGUGCCUGCAGUUUGUGUACGGAGGAUGCCGCGGCAACAGGAACCGAUUCGAGCGAUAUGCUGAGUGCAACAAAAUGUGCGAGGUCACAAUAUCACAGAUAACGCAAGGACUCCUGUCGCCUUCGGCACUGGGCCAAAGCUACGCCAUGAAAGACACCACGCUGCACGUGGAAAAGGGCCUUGUCUGUGCGCCCAUCGGCAAGCUCAACGGCAUGGCGCCGGUCAACGUGCUGCCGACGACGAGCGACGAGCCCACGUCGCCGGUCAUCGACUGCGUGCUGACGCCGUGGUCUCAGUGGGGGCCCUGCUCCAAGACGUGUGGCAACGGCCGUCGGGAGCGACGGCGCAUGAUCAAGCUGAACCCGCAGAACGGGGGCAAGGCGUGUCCCAAGCGACUGGUCCAGAGACGAAAGUGCAAGGAGAACCCGCCGUGCCCGGUGGACUGCAUGCUGACGCCGUGGAGCGAGUGGCGUCCCUGCUCCAAGACUUGUGGGCCAGGUGCAGUGCAGGAGCGACAUCGCACCAUCAAGCGGCACCCGAAGAACGGCGGAUCCAGCUGUGACGCCACUUUCGAACGGCGCUAUUGCACGCUGCCACCGUGCGACUACCGCCGACGCUAGCCACCGGGAAGGCCGCUGGGCCAUCCCCCACGCAGCGGGACGGCGCACUAACAUGUGCCAAACCGAAAGUUACCUGGUACGAGUACUUCAAGACGCCACCCGACACGACUGCACACAUAUCGCCUGGGCCUUCGAUCUCUAUCCAGUUUCUCUCUCGACCACCACGCACACUUCACGAAUCGACUACCGCUUCUGCUGUCACGCUGCUGCGUAGUGCUGCUAUAGAACGCUGCUCUUAGACCGCAGAGCUCUGUAGGCUUACUCGAAUUCAGUUGUUCCCUUGAAGAUGCAUCUCUCAACGCUGGUUAGCGCUGUUUUGCUGUUUCGAAGAUAGCUAAAGAAGAAGAAAACGGUGCUGAGAAAAAC